AUGACGCCAGCCCCUCCAAGCCCCCAAUUGAGGGCUCUAAAAUUCUCACCGUUCCUCAACCACCCUAUCCCAUCGAUAACAACCACCAGCCCCGAUACCUCAUACUACCGCCCAUCUCCGCUGGGUGACAACACACUCACCGCAUUUCCCUUUGGCAACCGCGACAUUCCCGGCUUCUACGUCGUUAUCCCAGCGGGAGGCGCUGGCACCCGCUUAUGGCCUCUAUCUCGAGAAGAACACCCAAAAUUCCUCCUGGAUCUCACAUUAAAGGGGCGUUCUCUGAUUCAAGCAACGUGGGACCGUCUCCUCCCCCUUUCCUCCGCCACACGCACCACCGUUGUCGCUGGGCCCGGACACGUCUCCUCCAUCCGCGAACAGCUCCCCGACCUCCUCCCAGACAACCUCUUUUGCGAGCCGGGUCCAAAAGACUCUAUGGCCGCCAUUGGUUUGGCAGCUGCGGUCCUAGCCCGCCGUGACCCAGAAGCUGUGAUCGGAUCCUUUGCGGCUGAUCAUAUGAUUUCAGGUGAUGAUGCCUUCUUAAGCGCCGUCGCUGAAGCUGUAGAGGUUGCAAGAAAGGAUUACCUCGUCACUAUUGGGAUUGCUCCCUCGCACCCGUCUACCGGGUUCGGGUACGUCCGUCUUGGGGAAAAGUUGGGCAUGAAAGAGGCUCCCAAUGCGAGGCUUGUGUCAAGCUUCAAGGAGAAGCCUGAUGCGCGCACUGCCGCUUCGUAUAUCGCAACGGGUAAUUACCGCUGGAACGCUGGUAUGUUCGUCACGAAGGCGACGUUCCUUCUGCAGUUGUUGGAUGAGUAUAAGCCGGAAUUGGCGGAGGGCUUGAGGAGAAUUGCGGAUGUUUGGGAUGAUGAGACGCAAAGGCAGGCAGUGCUGGAGGAGGUGUGGUCUGGGUUGGAGAAAAUUCCGAUUGAUAAUGCUGUUGCUGAGCCUGCUGCUAUUGAGGGACGAGUCGCUGUUGUUCCUGCUACUUUCGGUUGGGAUGAUGUCGGUGAUUUCUCGUCGCUCGCUGACCUCCUGCCAGCCGAGGCUAACCAGCCCCGCAUUUUGGGUGAUAACAACCUUGUGGUCACUGAGCAAGUUGCAGGAGGCAUCGUCGUCCCCGGAUCCGGCCGCCUCAUCGCCUGCCUCGGCGUCGACGAUCUAGUGAUCGUCGACAUGCCAGACACACUACUCGUCACUACCCGCGCCCGAUCCCAGGAAGUCAAGCGCCUCGUCAAGAGGUGCCGCGAGGCCGGUUGGAAGCAACUCUUGUGA